UUUAUUAUUUAUCUGUCAUAUGGUGACAGUCAAGUAGUUUUUUAUUAUAAAAUAAUUACUUUUAAUUAACAAGAGCAAUAUGAUUAACAAUUAAAAUUUAUAAUUUAUUGAAUUAACUAUUUUAUUAAAAUUGCAAUUAAUUAACAGUAAUUACUUUGUUACAGAUAUUUUUAUAAUUUAUAUUGAUAGUAAAAAAAAAAUGAUUUCGGAAAGAGAUUACGCACCUUUAAGUGCAGCGUGUGUACGUUCAUUGAAUGAUAAAGUUUAUGACAAAAGAAAACCAGCAGCUACUGAAAUUGAAAAAAUGGUAAAAGAAUUUUCAGCGCGCAAUAAUACAGUUCAAAUAAAAAAACUGUUGAAAGUAUUAGGGCAAGAUUUCGCAACGUCACAAAACUCUCACACAAGAAAAGGAGGAUUGAUUGGUUUGGCAGCAAUAGCCGUCGGUCUCGGAAAAGACACCGGGCAAUACACCGAAGAAUUAAUACGUCCAAUCUUGGCAUGUUUUUCUGACCCAGACAUUCACGUCCGAUAUUACGCCUGCGAAAGUCUUUACAAUGUCGUGAAAAUAGCAAGGAGCGCCGUACUGCCUCUUUUUACCGACAUCUUCGGCGCACUGAGUAAAUUAGCCUGCGAUCCUGAACAAAACGUAAAAAAUGCGACUGAGUUACUCGACAGAUUGAUGAAAGACAUCGUCACGGAAAGCGGGAUGUUCGACUUAGUCGGAUUCAUGCCGAUAUUAAGAGAAAGAAUUUACAUCAAGAGUCCAUUUGGCAGACAAUUCAUGAUCUCAUGGGUGUCCGUAUUGGACGCUGUACCAGACAUGGAUUUUGUUAUAAUUCUCCCCGAAAUAUUAGACGGCUUGUUUAUUAUUCUCGAAGAUCCAACUCCUGAGAUUAAAAAAAUAACUGAUACUGUCCUCGGCGAGUUUCUACGCAGCAUCAAAGCCAAUCCUUCGAGAGUCGAUUUCCCAGGGAUGAUAAACAUUCUUAUCGUUCAUGCCCAGAGUGCUGAUGAGCUGCUUCAGCUGACAGCUAUCUCUUGGAUCCGUGAAUUUGUGCAGCUGUCAGGUCCUUCAAUGCUGCCUUUCGCAUCGGGAAUUCUGUCAGCUAUUUUACCCUGUCUUGCUUACGACAGCGAUAACCGUAAGAAUAUUAAAGAAACAGCAGCAAAAGUUAAUUCAUGUCUGAUGGAACUCAUUACAACCAAAGAUUUACUGAUUACCUGCGCGGCAGAUAGAAAAGACAAAAAGUCGAUGGCUGAUGAUGGGAUUGAGUCGAAAGAAAUUAAAAGUUUGGGUAUCAGUGACAGCAGUGAAGCUGACAGUGAUAAGAAAAAACCAGAGGGUCUUAAUUUGUCUAAAAUUGUUGAAGUUCUAACGAAACAUUUGAAACAAACAUCAGUUCAAACAAAAAUUGCCGCGCUAAAAUGGAUUUAUCAUCUAUUUAUUCAUAUUCCAGAUAAAAUGUAUAAUCAUAUUGAUGAAUUAUUUCCGGUGUUGAUGCGCACACUUGGUGACAACUCUGACGAAGUUGUACAGCAAAAUUUAGUCGUCAUUGCGGAAAUCAUCAGUCCCCAGAUAACAGUCACCGCAAAGGAAAAAAAUAAAUCGGGAUUGACGUCAAGUCCGAUGGGUAAUAAAUAUUUUACUAAAUUUAUCGUUAAUUUGUUGAGAUUGUUCUCGACAGAUCGACAUUUAUUGGAAGACAAGGGCGCGUUUAUAAUACGUGAAUUAUGUGUGUUAUUGAGCGCUGAAGAAAUUUAUAAAAUAUUGGCUAAGAUAUUAUUGGAAGAACAGAAUUUAAGAUUUGCUGGUAUUAUGAUACAAACAUUGAAUGUCAUAUUGCUCACUAGCUCAGAGUUAUUUGAAUUGCGCAAUAAAUUGAAGGAUUUAAAAAAUGAGGAAAGUCGUAAAUUAUUUGUUUGCUUGUAUGAAUCGUGGUGUCAUAAUCCAGUUGCGACAAUGGCUCUUUGUUUACUUGGACAAAAUUACGCACACGCGUGUGAUCUUGUUAAAUCAUUCGCCAACAUCGAAGUAACCGUUGAAUUUCUCACUGAAAUUGAUAAAUUAGUCCAACUAAUUGAGUCUCCAAUAUUUACUUAUUUGAGACUCGAGUUACUGGAGCCAGAAAGGAAUGAGUCCUUGGUGAGAACUUUGUAUGGUCUUUUGAUGAUUUUACCCCAGAGUGAAGCAUUCGGAACUUUACAACGUCGAUUAACGGCAAUACCACCAGCAAGUUCAGUCAUAGUGGCCAGUAAAUCCAGUGAGUCCACUAACAAGAACAAACACACGGACGGAAAUCACGUAGGGAUUGAUUUUGCGCGGCUUUUAAAACACUUUGAGAGUGUCCAGGAGAAACAUAAAGAGCAGAAACAUCGUCAGCGUCUCAAUAUGCUUGUGGAUCGUGAUUCAACGCCACCCAAUCACGGUUUUGAUACGUGA